UUGCAAAGCGGUAUAAAUGGCAUAAGCUUCAGCUGUAAAUAUAGAUGAGUUUAUGUCCAAACUAAAACAUCUUCCAAAUUUAGCUUUUGAAUCAUAAUAUGCAGCCUUCGUAUUUUUUUCUGUCUUCGAACCAUCUGUGUAAAUUUUGCGAUGUGCAGGUUUUUCAGUGUCUAUGAAUCUUAGAAACUCCGUAUUGUUUACAAUUCUAACAUGACAAACUUUAGGAGUAGUCAAAUGAAUUUCUGUUGUACUGAAAUCCCAAUUAACCCUAUGGUCUAUGUGUUUACAUAUCAACUUCAAUUCCUUCAAAUAUUCACAUUGUAAAGAUUGAUUACAUUCAUACAUAUAACAAUACAUUUUAUUUGCUAAAAUUCUUAUAAACAUUUUUUCAAAGAGAUACCGAAAUCUGACAUAUAUAGGAGGUAUGCCUGCUUCAAUUUCUAGAGAGUUUAUAGGCGUGGAACAGAUAGCUCCUGUAAUAAUUCUUAGGCCCCUAUUUUGUAUGAUUUCUAAUUUACGAAACAAAGUUGAAUUAAUAUAAUUUCCAUAAGCUACUAAUGCAUAAUCAUAAUGGCUUCUAACUAUUGCUUUAUAUAAAAUAUUCAAAAUUUUAGGAUCCAUUCCCCAAGUUACACUAGCUAAAUGUCGCAUUAUAUUUACAGACCUCUGCAUUUUACAGACAAUUUUAUUUACAUGACGAUCAAAAUUAAGUUUCGUGUCAAACACUAAACCUAAGAACACUUUUUCUUGGACAGUCGCAAUAUUUACUGAACUAUAUACAAUAUUUACAGAAUUUAAAUAAUCAUUUUUCUUAUUAAAUACCAGAACAGAACUUUUAUUUGGAUUAAUAUCUAAUUUUAAUUUGUCUUUGUAAUACGAAUGAAAGUGACGUAAUGCUUCAUUUAAAGUUGAUUCUGCUUGUAAUAAGUUCUUAUUAGAUGUAUACAACACAAUAUCAUCAGCAUACUGAAGAACAGAUAGUUGUGGGAUUGAUACAAAUCUAUGAAUUUGUGAUGUAUAUAAUAAAUAUAUUAAAGGUGAUAAUGUCGCUCCUUGCGGUAAGCCCUUGAAAGCCGUUUUAGGACCAUGUAAACUGUUAUUAAACUUAAUGAAAACUGUUCGGGAGUAAAAGAAGUUAAAAAUCCAUUUACAAAUUUUGCCAGGUAUAUUGAAGCUGUGUAGUAUUUCAACUAAGGUUGAUAAAUCAACGUUAUCAAAAGCUCCACUUACAUCGAGAAAAGUACUAACUAAAUAACUGUCAUGAUCAAACGAAUCCUGUAUGUCACCGCAAAAUUUUAAUAUGCUAUCUAUUGUACUACGGCCUUUACGAAAUCCGAAUUGAUCAUGGGGUAAAAUUAAUCUAGACUCUGCAUACAAUUCUAUUCUUGUUUUUAGCAUAUUUUCAAAGAUUUUACUCACACAUGAUGAUAAAGAUAUGGGACGAUAUGAAUCAGCACACUUAGGAUCUUUAUCUGGUUUUAAAAUAGGGACAACUGUAAUAACUUUCCAUGUUUCAGGUAUUAACCCGUUGUUCCAUAAAUCGUUCAAAACUUUUAAUAAAAUAGACUUAGCGUUUGGAUCAAGACGUUUUAUUAAAAUAUAAGGUAUAUUAUCUAAACCUGGGGAGGUAUCUUUUUUAUUAGUUAAAGACAAGUUAAAUUCUGCUUGUGAAAAGGGUAAUGCAAGGUGAGAAUUGAAUUCAUUAUAUUGAAAAAAAUAUUUUAAUUGAUCUGUAUUAACUGGAGGUUGAUAGGGAGCAAUUUUCUGUAAAAAAUCUUGUAAAAACGUUUCAUCUCUGGCUUUCGGUGAUGAAUUUUUGUGAUUAAGAAUUUUAACAAAUCUCCAAAUGCAACUAAUUGGUGUAUUUCUAUCAAAACUAGAGCAUAAGUUUUUCCAACUUAUUGCCUUCUCCUGUUUAAUUAUUAAUUUUUUCGACGCUUCUAUUUUCUUAUAUAGUAAAUAAUUUUCUAUAGAUGGAAACCGUCUAUACAUCUGUAAAGCAAAUCUAGCCUCUUUCACUGCAUUCGAACAGGAUUCAUUCCACCAAGGCAUUGGUUUAUGAAGCUUUGAUUUAUUAUUGCUAUCAAUUUUAUGUACAGGAAUAAACUCAUUUCUUAAUCUAUCUAAUAAAAUACAGAAUUUAUCAUAUGCUAGAAGGGGUUCUUGUUCGUAUUUUAUGUCAGUAAAGUAAGUACCAGAUUUAAUUGUAUAGCCUGUCCAGUCCGCUUUUUUGUAUAAAAACUUUUCUGUACGAUAAGAAUUGUCAUAUAUAUUAUGAUCAAUGUUUAAAUUGACUAUUGUGGGAAAAUGAUAACUUCCUAGUGUAUCUUCAUUGUAAACAGACCAAUCUGCUGAUGGUGCUAGAGUAGGUGAUAUAAAUGCAAUGUCAAUAGCAGAUGCAAUUUGAUUCGGACGAGCAAGUGUCGUAGUUUGACCAUCGUUUAGUAUGUACAUAUUAAGUUCAUCUAACAUAUCAUAAAUCUGUAUGCCUCGAGGCUUAUUGUUAGAGCAUCCGAAUGCUGUAUGAUGGGCGUUAAAAUCACCCAUCACUAACAUCGGUGAUCUGAUUGACUGGAUAGUUUCUUUUAAAAUGUUUAUAGGAAAUCGACCACUACGAGGAGGACAAUAUACACCAAGAACUGCAAAACGAUCAUUUUGAGAAAUUUGAACAUUUAAAGCUACAGUCUGAAUUUUAUCGGUGCUAUGAGUAAAUAUUUCAGAACACUGAAUAUGAUUUCUACAUAAAAUGGCAACACCGCCGUAUCCAUUGUCACUGUCUCUUCGAAAAAUUGUAUAACCUCUAAUUCUUAUUAAAUCUGUCGGUUUCAACCAAGUUUCAUUAAGUAUGCAAAUAUCUACUUUUAGUGAAUUUAAUAGCUCGCAAACAAAAGCCAACUUAGGUUUAAGGCUUUGGAUAUUGUGCUGUAUAACAACUAAUGUUUUACUAUCCAUUAUGAGUAACUUUUUUGAUAAACAUCUCUUUUAUAGUGGAAGAAUUAAUUGGUACAAGACAUAGACCAUAGUUCACACGUUCGGGCAGUACAUUACCUGCAAAUGUCACUGAAACAGUCUGCAACGGGACAAUACCAUCAGGAGUUCGUCUAGUAAAUCUGCGUACAGCCAAUAUUUCCUGGGAACUAAUAAGUUUAUCAAAAAGAUGUUUGCAGCUGAGAUCAACAGGGAUAUAUUUAAUAAUUCCUAUGCAUUCUGAAGUUGCAGCUGGGAUGAAAGCUUUAAUUUCAUGCAAUGACAAGAAAGAGGAAUUAGACAACAGAGAAUUUGCAUUCUUUGCAUUAUCAAAGAUAACAGCAUACCGCAAAGCAUUGACUCUUUUGAUUUCUUUCACACCUUUAUUGUACCGACUGAAUAUAUUGUUUAAAUAGAUAGGAUUUUUAUUUCCAAAUUUAAUUGUUUCAUUUGUACUUUGUAUGUAAACUGGAAAUACUGUGCCUGGAGAAUUCUCAGGGUAGCUCCUUAUGUGAUUUUUCUUGAAGUAUGGUGCAUGUUUUACAUCUUCAUCAUCAUCAGAAAAGUCCACCAGAGGACUUGCUUUUCUCUUUUUUUUACCAUGUGUAGGCUCGCUGCCUCCACUAUCUGAACCCAUUGUCAACUUUCAGUACUUAAUAUAAAUGAAGUUUACUUGGAGUUUAACAAUAAAAAUUAAAUAAUUAUUAUUUAAAAGAAAAAGUUGAACCUCCCGCCUCGAAAGUUUCCCGCUGGCAACCCAUAUUAUAAUCAUAGACAAAAUUAUCCUAAGAGCAAAUAGUAAAGACUUGCAUAGAAUAGGCUGGCUGAACCAGUGAAUGAAUUCGGUUGAUUCGGUGUGUUAGUCGAUGUCAGACUUAAAAAUUAUCUAAGAUAAAAAUAUGUAAACUAAUACGGUAGAAAUUUUGCUUGAAAAUUAUUUAAAAGAAGCAAGUUGAUAUAAAUAAUAAAAGGAUCACAAUAGAAUUUGAUAUCAUUAUGAUAAUAUUUUUGUAAACUUUUUUUGAUGACGGAAACGAAACGUGUAUACAAUGUAUUCUCGUGGCAGCCAUUUUAUAGAAAGCGUUUGUCUAUGGUGGCCAAAGAAAGGCGAAGCUAAACAAAAGAUUGCAUGUAGAUAGCGUUUACAUUUUUUUUAGUGAAAUGUGCAUAAAUAGUAAUUUAUUGAAUAUAUUUCUAUGAUUUAAUUAAAUGAGAUCAUAUAUCAUAUGUUCUGUGUAUCACACAAGUUCAUAAAAUGAAGCACAAUGCGUCGUGUAAUGGAGGCCAUUAGGACUAAUAAUUAUGUAUAUUGGCAUACUUACUGUUCUGCAAACCACCUAAAACACGUCUAAAAUUAAGUUUUUAUGUAUUUACUCGUUGUUUUAUGGAUGCAAUAUACAGACCAUGGAUACUUUGUGUAAUGUGAAUAGUGUCCAGUGUAAAUAAACCAUACGUGCAAAUCAUGGCCCAGAACCAAGGGGAGGUUCAAGUGGGUACACCGAGUCAACCUGUGAAAGAUAAAGAUAUAUAUGCGUGUCUUCCGGACAUACGAGGGAAUGGUCCUCUCGGUCCUGACGAAGCGUGUCCUGGUGGUGAAGAGUUACGGUGGCUUCCUGCACAAGCCACCGAUAGAGACUUGGUAAUGUACUUGAGAGCUGCCCGUUCAAUGGCUGCAUUUGCCGGCAUGUGCGACGGCGGUUCUCCCGACGAUGGUUGUGUAGCAGCUAGUCGUGAUGAUACUACUAUAAAUGCUCUGGAUGUGCUUCACGACUCAGGAUAUGACCCUGGUCGUGCUCUACAAGCGCUAGUUAAAUGUCCUGUACCAAAAGGAAUUGAGAAAAAAUGGUCUGAAGAGGAAACUAAACGUUUUGUGAAAGGGAUACGUCAAUUUGGUAAAAACUUUUUUAAAAUUCGUAAAGACUUACUGCCUCAUAAAGAUACAUCAGAGUUAGUUGAGUUUUACUACUUAUGGAAAAAGACACCAGGUGCUAGCAGUAAUAGACCACAUAGAAGACGGAGGCAAGCAUCGCUUAGACGUGUUCGGAACACUAGAAAUUCUCGGGCUGGUACACCAAAAGAACAGACUCCCGAAGCUACUCCAACUGUUCCAGACACAAAUGGCUCAAGGCCAUCACCCAAUCCAAAAGAAGGUGGUGAAAUGAGCUCAGUUACUGAAGACGAAAAUUCAGAAGAAGAUAGUGAUUCUCGAGAUGCUGGUGAUUUGACAAAAUCAGAUAAUGGUAGAACAGGUGAUAAUCCAGAGGACUCUCCCAGUAGAAUGAGAACUAGGAACAAAUCAAAAGAACAAGUGACACCCAAUGGAAAGAAAGGACAGGAUGAAAGUGAUAAUGACUCUAAAUCAAAAACAAAAGGUAGUAAACCAAACACACAAAGCACAAAUAAUAAUGUGUCAGAUAAAGUUUUAUCAUCACCUAUAAGUAAAGAUGCUAAAAAGAAAGUAGCAAAUGGUAAAGUUGAUGUUUCAAAAGUUAAAAAGCGUCUUCCAGAUGAUUUGAAAUUAGAAGGUAUCAUGGAUGGUGAUGUACAAAUGAAGAAGAAAAAGCAAGAUGAACCUCCUGAAAGUCCAUCAGAAAGUUUCACAAAUGAUAGUUUUCCUGCUAUUGAUGAAACUGAGAACACUGAACCAGAACCUGAAGCAUGUGACUUCAGUUUUAAUAAAACAGAAAAAGAAAAUGUUGAACAGAAUAAAGAAUCUGAGUCAGAACCACAACCCAUGAAACCAUCAGAAACACAAGUCAAAAUGGAAACCAAUUUAGAACCAAUAAUCAAAUCAGAAAAAGAUGCUAUACCACCAUUAUUUAAAGUAGCAUUGGAAAAAGAAGAAAGAAGUGUGUUAGAUUUGAAAACUGAUUCAAAUGUACCUAAACACAAUGAUAAUAAUGAGCCAAGAUCAUUGACAAUGCCUAGCGCAAUAUUUCCAAAAACUGAGCUUAAAAUCCCGAAAGUCACUCCAAUGGCUACUGAUUUAAUAGAAAAAAUUAAAAUUAAGGAAGAAAUAGAUACAGAGGAGCUUACCCUUAAUUUACAAAAGGAAGAAUUUCAGAAGGACCCUCUGGCCCACAGUUUUCCAGGACAUCCUAUUAAUCAAACAAAUAAACCUCUUAAUUUGGAGAACACAAAUUUCUUUGUAAAAGAUAGUCAUAUUUACAAUCCUAAACUAAAUCACAAUAUUAAAAUUGAAGGAGGAAUGUCAAAUAAUAUUUUUAAUCCAGUUAAUAUUACAAAAGAAAGUUCUAUUAUAAGGAAUGCAAAGGACUUUUCAAACAGCAUGCCACCAUUUCCAUACGGCUCCAGUAUUAAUUACCCUAAAGAUCCUAAUAAGCAUAAUCCUCAUAUAAAUCCUCUAAAAACUGUCAUCAAAUUAGAACCUAGAGAUGAAACCAGUGAAAUGAAAAAUCAAAAUACUCCAGAAAUAUUUACAGCCACAAUUACCACAGCUAGUAAAGUAGACUCACCUAAUACACCUCGUUUGGAUUCAUUACAAAGAAUAAGUCCUUCACCUACAAACACAAGAAGUUCAUCGCCACCAGCUAUGGAGCAUCCUUCUACAACCAACACUGAACCAAUAUCUCCUGCCAAUUCUCAAGAGACAAAAGACUCUGAUCUUGAUGAUAAACAACCAACCGAUCUUAAGACUCAGCCUAAUCCUAAGCAUGAAAAUCAAACUACUGGCUUGAGAUCUGUUUUCCCGUCACCAGUGCGUCCAGAAAAUAUGGGAGCAAGAUCAACUGAUCCAUCAAAUGUGCCUGUAACAGGACAAAACAUGCCUCCACCUCCUAUGAGUCAACCUUCUAUUACUGGGUUGUUACCACCUGGGCCAUUAAUAUCAGUGGGAAGUGGGUCGAAUGUAGGACCUUAUAGUUUUAUGCCAGCACCAUUGUUUGGACAUUCAAGCCACCCAGGCUUAGAUAAACCGGGCUCACUACCUCCACUAAUACAGCAAGUUCCUCCAUCACAUGGCCAUCCUGGAAGCAGUAUUAUACCUCCACCUUCCAAUCAAAGUGACCCAUCAAUGCCUCAAGAUCUGAAAAUCAAACAAGAAGUGCCUGAUAAUAUGCCAGCAAAUUUAUCUACACAAAAUACAGAUCCUUUACAGUCACUAAAAGAGGUAAAAGUGCCAGGAUAUCCUAUUGGAAGUGCUAUAGCACAACAUUUAAGCACAGAAAGAGAUAGAGAAUCAAUAUCAAGUGUUGAAAAUAAUAGUAGACCACCAAGUCAACCAACCAAUGAAACGCCAAAUAUGCCGAGUGCAUUCCUUGGACCAAGAAUAGAUAGUAUAAAGAAAGAACCAGAUUUUCUACAUCAACCUCACAUGCCAGCUACAAGUCAAGGUAAUGUUUCAGAAGCAGGAAACACUUUACCCCCUGUGAAGAGUCCCCAUACACCUACACCAAUCAAGAGUCAACCAAGUCAUAAUGGGACACCUGGACAUCCUCAUCCGUCUGCAACUACAUCGCCUUUCUCAAGACAUUUGACUAGUCCAUCCCAACCAAGACAAAUAUCAGCAUCACCAGUUCAACCCAACACUCCCGUGUCCCAUUCUGCACUCAAUUUGAUGAAUCCAACACCUUUGUCAAUACCGUCUACAAUUCCUGGCCCAGUUAUGCAUUCAGGACAACAACCUGGUCCACCACACCCACACCCUUUUGCAUCGCCUUUACAUCAUCCUCACCAUCCGCUUCUACACCCAUCUAUCUUCCAGCUCUCUGCAGCAGCAGCAGCGCAUGCCAUGCAUCCUUAUUAUCCGCAUCCUCAUCCUGGUUACUCUAUGCCAUAUCCAUACCCAUAUGGACCCCUACCACAACCGCAUCCUAUACCACCUAUGCAUCCAGCAUCCAGCACUCCAGGAAGACAUGAUCCUGUAAAACCAUCGACAAUAGAAUCUACAACAAUGCUUAGUUCUCAUCACAGCACCAGUUCGUCAGUGACUACAAGAUCAUUAAGAGAAAUAUCUGAGAGCUCAGAAGACCCAAGAAAUCCAAAUGCCACUACUGAAAGGCACCAGCUUCACGAAACUACGAUGACUCACCAUCAUUCUACCAGUCAUCAUAGUGCGGUUCAUACUAGUACAGAAAAACAACCCAGUCAUGCUGGAGGUGGUACCAACCACACAUUGUCGAUUUCUCAUUCAACAUCUAGUAGUUCGUCGCAGUCAAUACAACAUAAAAUUAAUACACAACAAAAAACAAACUCUCAUUCAAGUUCUCCGCAUCAUUUAUCAGCAAGUGUAUCUCAGACAACAAGUUCUUCUUCGAGUGUAAAUGUCACAAAUAAUCACACGCACCACCAUUCUCAUCAUUUAGCCCAUCACCCAGAGAGACUUUCACCGGCUGACUCAAUGUUACUCCGUCAUCAUCCGAAAAUGAUACCCGGAAAUCCUAACCAUUUAAUGAUUCAACCACCUUCUAUGGGCCAUCCUAUGGGAUUAGGAUUACCACCAGGGCCUGGACCGAGUUCUAUUGAAAGCCUUCGCUUACACGCUCAAGCCGCUGCGGGUCUUCAAUCUUCUCAUGGAAGAUCUGGUUCUCCACAUCAAUUACAUGGUCAUCCACAUUUACGUGGGCCCCCAAGACCGAUUCCUGACGAAAACACCGAGUUAAAACUUGAAACGCAAUCUCAGCCUGAAGAAGAAGAAAUCCCAAGUCCCGCACAUAUACCACAUGGUCCUAGUCCUGAGCCGAAGAUAGAAGACACAGAAUGCCAUAGAUCACAAUCAGCAAUAUUUUUGAGGCAUUGGAAUCGGGGCGACUACAAUUCUUGUACUAGAACCGACCUCAUUUUCAAACCGGUCCCAGAAUCAAAAUUAGCACGUAAACGCGAAGAACGAUUGCGAAAACAAGCUGAACGCGACAGAGAAGAGAGAGAGAAAAUUGCGCAACAAGCGCAUAGAAAGAUCGCAACACCAGAGAAACCUGAAACGAAACCUCCCUCAAGAGGUGCAAUAGAAACGAUAACGUCGCCGUACGAUCGCUUUCCGAGACCACCCGGUUACCCAGAAACUCCAGCACUGCGUCAACUGUCCGAGUACGCGCGGCCCCACGCCGGUUUCAGCCCCGGCAACUUGCCGCGUCACUGCAUGGACCCGAUGCUCCAAUACCAACUCAGCUCAAUGUACGGCGCCGCAGGGGCUCGGGAGAGGCUCGAACUGGAGCACCUCGAGAGAGAAAAACGGGAUAGAGAGAUCCGGGAACUACGCGAGCGCGAGCUCAACGACAGACUGAAAGAGGAGCUCCUCAAGAACAACGUCGGCCCGCGAGCUCUCGAUCCUCAUUGGCUCGAAAUGCACAGAAGAUACGGCAUGCCGCCCCCGCCGCCGCAGGGCGCCAUACCGGUUCAAUUCGGAUUGUACCCGCCGGGACACGGGCCCGCCGCGCUCUCCCAGUUGGAGCGCGAGCGGCUCGAAAGACUCGGCAUUCCACCGGCCGGGGCGGGUGGUGCCCCGCCAUCCGUGCCCGUAUCGGGUGCGGGCCCGCAUCAUCCUCAUCACCCUCACCCUGGCGUGGCGGCCGCACAACUGGAGGCGGCCGAGCGGCUCGCGCUCGCUGCCGACCCGAUGGUGCGACUGCAGAUGGCCGGCAUCAACCCGGAGUACCACGCUCAUACCCACGCGCACACGCAUGCGCACUCGCACACGCACCUACACCUGCACCCAGGGCAGCAAGCGGCCGCGGCGGCGGCGGCGCAGCAGGAGGCGCUAGGGCUGGGCCCGUACCGGCCGCUACAUCCGGAACUCCUGGGCUCGGUGGGCCGGCCCUACGCCGAACAGCUGGCGCAGCAGGCGGCGGCUCACGAGCAGCUGCAGCGCCAGUUACUGUUAGAACGUGAACGUGGUUUCCUGCAUCCUGCGCACCACGACGACUUCCUACGUCAGCAACGCGAACGUGAGCUCAAGGUGCGAGCACUGGAGGAGGCGGCCCGCGCCUCUCGCCCUUAGUGCGCCCUCGUGAUCGCUUCGCCGCUGCGCAAUUAAUGUUCAGGCCUGUACCGUUGUCUCCUUGACGAGUAAAGAUUCCGAAUGUUCCCUGCGGAUCCGUGAUGUGUCGAGCGGUGUAAUAAUAAGUAAAAUUUCUCUUCCGAAGGAAGAGUGACAAUUAUAAUAAUGUAAUUUAUAUUCGUCUAACUUGAGUUUUCAUAACGAUUUUAUAGCUGCAUGGUCAUGUAGUAUGCUUAUUUUCCAUGCUCAAAUUUAUUUCAUAACUACUAGUCAUAAUUAAAAAUGUAUCAUGUGAAGAAUGACGUGAUGUCAUGUGUUUCAUAUAAUUACAUAAUUAUUUUAAUUUAUUUUUAUGAUGGAACUCGAGGUGCCGGCUUACAUUAGUAAAAACAAUUACAUGACUAGACAGAUGUGACCUUCAAUUUAAGUAUAGUAGUAGUUGAUUUCCAUUCAUGACACUUUUAUUUAUAAUCGCAAUGGUAAAUUUUAAAUGUAUAGAACAAAGUAGAGUCUGUGACUUGCCUUUCUAAUCAACUUGCCUUUUAUAAUUGACUUUCUUAUUCUAUAUAUUGUAUAAGGAUAAGGAAAUAUGUUUCAUGUAUAUUAUUUACACGCUAUAGUUUACUCCUGUGAAGAUUUUACUUAACUCAUAUUUUGAAUUCAUUAAAAUGUAAUAUGACUAAUAUGCAUUAUAAUGUAUUCUGUAUAAACAAAACCUAUUCAGUUGCCUGUUUAUGAAAAUAAUUAUAUUCACAUAUCAAACAUAAGAUUGUAAUUUCAUGGUGAACUUUGAUAUUAAGUGUUGCCAUAAAGGCAUUUAUAAUGGCAACAGGCAAUAAUUUUUGUAACAAUUUGGUUAUAAAAUUCUUAAGUCUAAAGAAUAAUAAUGAGUCAACUUUUCAAAGCAUUUACUUGUUAUGAUCGUGAAUAAGUAUGUCAAACUGGUAUUGUUAACAAAUGACUGCUAAUUUACUCAAAAAAAUGUUGUUAAUAAGUAUUAGUUACUUUAGUCAUUUAGAUAUUAUUUGUAUAUCUAAAAUCACUAUGUAACAUAUGGGUGCAAGAUGAUUUAAGUAUAUUUAGCAGCAAACACUUCAUUUUAUGUCAUUAUAAAAUAGUAGAUCUUAUUCAUCAGAAAAUAAAUACCUCACUAUUUUGCUAGUUGCGACGACUUCUGUAAGCCACAAUAAGAAAGAAGUUAGUUUGGAAACCUCAUGAAAUUUAUUAAUUUAUAAUUAUAAUUGAUGAAGUCGAUGUGUUAUUAAUUCAUGGAUUGUUUAAAAAUAGCGGUGCUUAUUUCUAUACUUUCGUAACUUUUCCAUUUGUUGAUCACUAUAUUAGUUAAAGGUAUAUCAUAAUAUAAUUUUUGAAUCAUGUCCGAUUAACAAUAAAUUGGCAGUCUUUUUUUAAUGUACUUUUUGUAUUAUUAGACCAAUUGAUGAAAGAACACCCGAGAUUCACGAAAGCUGCUCUGCAAAUUGAAGCCUUAUUUUGACCAAGUACAAAGUAUUUAUUCGAUGCAAUAAAAAAUAUAUUAUCGGUUCCAAUUUGCAGAAAUGCCUUAUUCAUAGCAGCUUGGCACAACUGGAAAAUUUCUCAUUGCUUGAAAAUAUUAUUUGAAGAGCACUUUGAAUUCAUUAGAAAUAUUAAUAUUUCGAGUCCAUUCGUCGCAGAGAGUGCUAUUUAAAUGCGGUUUCAAAAAGACUAAUGUCACAUUGUAAUACACUUUGUAAAUGUACCUAAAGAUUGUAAUUUUCGCCCAAUGUACACAUUCGGUAAUUCUACUGCACUAUAUAUUGUAAUAUAAAAUUCCCUUUAUAAGAAAUAGAAAUUAUUAUAGAAUCGUAAUAAGGAAGUUAAAAAGAUAUUUGUAGGGAUAAAAGUUUCAAAAAUUUCGCUUUGUAGGUGUUAUGUUGGUAAUUUGCCAUAGUUACUUUCGGAUAUUUAUAAAGAUGAAAUGAGUAUUAUUUUUAGAGACAAAUUAUAUCUUAAUUAAGAGGUUGCGUGUCGGUUUAAAACUUCAUUUAUUUAGACAAUAAGGUUAAUGGAUGUCUUAGUGCUUUUGUGUAAAUUUUUUUGAAUAAUAUAUGUGAGAAAAAAAUUCAUUGUGUUAU